GAUGGACAAACAAGUAGAGAGGUACUACAAAAAGUACAAAAGCGGAAUUACUUUCCUGCUCGUUAUCUCUGGGCUUUGGCCAGAUUACGACAAGCAUCCGAGAUGCGUGAGAGUUGUUUUGAGUGUCAUCUCAUCUGCAAUUGAAUUCGUGAUGUUCCUUGGGGCUUGCGGUUUUUGCUAUCGCUACCUGACGAACAUCAAUGUGCUGGUUAAAGGAUUGGGUUUGGUCAUCAGUUUUUCUUCGGCAUUUCCGAAAGCAGCAGUAAUAGCUAUGCAUUGGAAAGAAUUAGCGAAGUUGAACCGCGGUCUGUCCUCGCAAUUCGAAAGGGAUCUGGAGUUGCCGGACAAUCGGCAGCAUCUGUUGGCUCAUUUUCCUUUGUUCUUGAACUUUUUCAAUCUGCUUUACUACUACAGCGGAGCUGUAGUCACGCUGUCCGUGGUUAGACCUCUACUAGCUCUGAGACACGGAGUCUACGUUCGGGCGUAUCCGUUAAUUUUACCAUUCAGUUAUGAGCCAGGUGGACUUAUUCAUUGGUGCAUAUACGCGUUCGAAAUGCUCGCUGGCUUCUACUGCUGGGCCAACACGGUCAGCGUAGACUCGGUGUUCGGUUUUUAUUCUCUGCAAAUGGUCGGCGAACUACGGCUACUGUCGUCGCGUUUUCGCAACUUGAAAUCUACCAGUGACUAUAAGAAGCAGCUGAAAGAGUGCAUAGACAAGCACGUCCUUCUGUUAGAAUCUAAACGUACGAUGCAAAAGGUGUUUGGUUUCUUGUCGGUUUUCUUCGCCAUCACUUGCGCCAUCGUCAUGUGCGCUCUGAUAUUUCAAUCUACCGAGAAAAAUAGUUUGAGCGUUUACAAAGUGAUUUAUUUGAUAGUUUAUUGCAUGAUCAAAGUUCUUCAAGCUUACACCUACGCUUGGUUCGGCAAUAUCAUCACCGUCGAAAGCGAAGCGUGCUUAAAUUCCAUAUACGAGUGCGCAUGGCCAGGAUCGGGCGACUUGCGGAUUAUGAAUGACGCGCUGAUCAUUCAAUCGCAAAAUCCUAUGUACUUUCAAGUUAUGGGAAUUAUGAUAGUGCGGCUGGAUAUGUUUUCGAAGAUCAUGCAUGCCUCAGUUUCCUACUUUUUUCUGCUACAAACGUUGAGCGAAAAUAUCGAGAGAUCUCAAACUCUCGGCGAAGCAACAAUGAUGGAAAAGCAGGUGGCAAACUACUACAAGUACAAAGGCGAUAUAGUUCACUUGCUGGCUAUUUCCGGGCUCUGGCCGGAUUACAAGCGCUAUCCGAGGGCCGUGAAGAAUUUUUUGAUCUGCGCCUCCAUUACCAUUAAUUUCUGCACGACCUUCGGCAUCGUUAACUUUUGCUUGCGAAACGUGACCAACAUCAACGUUCUGACGAAAGGCAUGGGUCUGAUGAUCAGCUAUUCUUCGGCACUUCUCAAGGAUCUGCUCUUGGCGUUGAACAGAAACAAUUUGACAAAGCUCAAUCGCAGCUUGUCGGAUCGAUUCGAAAAGGAUCUGAAGACGCCGGAGAAUCGACCGCAUCUUCUAGCCCAUCACGGCUCCUUUCAUAGGUAUUUUCGACUUCACUAUUAUUACACCGGAACGAUCGUCUGUAUUAUGGUCUUGGCUCCAUUGAUCGCAUUAAGGCACGGCAAGUACGUUAGAGCAUAUCCGCAACUAGUGCCCUUCAAUUACGAAAAUGGAGGUUUCGUGCAUUGGGGCACUUACGCAUUCGAACUGAUCGAAGGGUACUUUGGCUGGUCUAAUACCGUUGGGCCUGACUCGGUGUUCGGCCUGUACGUUCUGCACUUGGUCGGAGAACUUCGAUUACUUUCCUUUCAAUUCCGAAAUUUAAAACCUGGCGACGAUUAUCGAAGGCAGAUGAAAGAGUGCAUCGACAGACAUGAGAUGCUGAUUGAAUCUAAGCGCGUGAUGCAACGAGUCUUCGGAUUCCCCUCGGUUUGGCUGGCCGUCACUUCUGCAGUCGUGAUAUGCGCAAUUAUUUUCCAAUCUAGUCAGAUAGAACACAUGACCGCCUUCAAAGCUGUCUAUUUGCUUGUUUACACAAUGAUCAAAUUCAUUCAAGUAUAUACUUACUCGUGGUUCGGGCACAUCAUCAACUUAGAAAGUGAAACCUGCAUUCAAUCCAUAUAUGAUGCGAAAUGGGCAGGCGAAGGCGACUUACGGCUUAUGAAAGACUCAAUAAUAGUUUUGUCUCAAAACCCCAUGUACUUCGACGCUAUGAGCAUUAUGAUUGUUCGUCUGGACAUGUUUUCGAAGAUUAUGAAUACGUCGGUUUCGUAUUUCUUCCUCUUGAAAACUCUGGAUGCAAAAAUGGAAACAACGUAAACCCCCCUUUUUCAAUGUCGCCUUGUAUUGGACACAUUAUUUUUAUUAAUAAUUAUUAUCGGAAUGCUUCGAAUACCCGAGCUUACUCAGGUGAUUGUAAGCGGCCAAAUAAAUCUGA